AUGUUAAAGCGCAAAUCGCCGUACGGGUCGAUGUCGCCUGCCCCUGGCAGCCGCGGCGCCAGCGUUGGCGUCAAGGCCGAGGGGUCGGACAUUAAGCGCCUCAGGGGCACGAUGUCGUUCGCGUCCGCACCGCCGUCAUACAUCGACCCCCGUGUUGUCGUCCUCGAGCUGCGUGAUUACCUCAAGGACAGGAUCUCGAUGCCGUACCAGGACGCGUUCUUCCAUGUGCAGGAACACAACCCUGGGGUCGAUGUUGGGCAUGUCCUCGACCUCCUCAAGAAACAGGAGCGCGUCAAGUUUAACGAAACGAACCAGGUAUUCAUGUAUGAGCCCGAGAUUGUCCUCCGCACGCAGCAGGACCUGCGCCGCCACAUCCGCCUACACUCGCGUCCGACUGCGCCUCUCCUGUACAAGGACAUGAAGGAGCUCAUGCCCGGGACAGAGCUCCCGCAAUACAUGGACGAGCUCGAAAAGGACGGCAGUAUCAUGAUCCUCCGCUCACUCACCGGCCGUCUCAAGGACGCCCCCCUGCCUCCGCUCGGGCGCGAGAACGGGUUCGGAGAGAAGCUGAACGCGGGUGGCCCAGAGCGCUGGAAGACAAUCUUCUACGACUCGAUCCGCGAGAACGGGCGCGCGACGCCGCGUGUCGAGGAUGAAAUCGUCUUUGCAUGGGCGGACGUGAAGAUCGCCGAGACGGAUAAUGUUGCCAAGCUGCUCGAAGAGCAGGACCUCAAGUCGAGUACAUCGGCACAGGGUCCGGCCAAGGAAACGAAGAAGCCGGAGCCCAAGAAGAAGAAGCGCGGUCGCCGCGCUCUCAAGCUCACCAACACGCAUAUGAAGGACCUCGGCAUCGACUUUGGCAAGGACUACGAGGCACCGUCGUAG